AUGCCCACCAGCAAUGUCGCGCUGGUGGAUUCCUGCUGGGUAGGGAAGGUGCAACCGGAACUCUGCUGCUCUGAAGCAGGACGCUCGAUCUGCUUCCCCCCGGAGCAGGCAUUUAGCUUUGAAGGCUGCUGCACGGAGUACCUUCAAAGCCUGCAGCCCGAUGUGCAAGAGCAGGGGCUCACAUGCUCACAGUCUGGACCAACAUGCAGUUGGCUGUUUAAAGAGUCGCUUGAAUUGGACAUUCUGGAUAUGGCUGCUGUGAAGCAUUUCUGCCGCGAUGGUCUGUGGCGCGCAGGUUUGAGCGCGGAGAUGAUGCACACGGAGAGCUUUAACCGUCGCCUGGCCCAUCUCUCUUGCUUUGCCGGGAUUGCGGUGCUGCUCUCCAUGUGUGCCCUCGCAGAAGCCAAGACUGCGUGUGGAAUUGGUAGCGCAUCUCCCCUGGCUCAUGACCAGGACCCGGCGCUUUCCUUUUUCAUGGUUGCAUUCAGAGCACUUGCAAUGGUGACUCAUUGCAUUGACAGCAGUGCCUGGCCGAUCACGUUGGCCGAGUUCUCUUCUAACUUUCAGCUCUUCAUAGAGCAAGGCUGCCGAUUUGAAUGGCUACGACCACCGCGAGGUUUGACAUUCGUGCGCAGCGUUGGUGGCUCCACCCUGCACGAUGUGAUGCCGUGGUCCCAGAGCGGAACACAGAACCACAUGGAAGUACACAUGCGCCUGAACUGGGCCCUGGGCGCAUGGGACAAUCGAAAGUAUUGGGAGCAGAAAAUGCAACGCGCACCAGAGCAGCUCGCUAAACUGCGAGAGGCAGAUCGCCUCAAUUUCUGUGAGCUCGCCCAGCUGAAUGGAGAAAUGCAGCCUACAGAGAUUCGCGUGCUGGUUCUUGGGUCUGGCCCUGUGGCUGCUACACGCCGCUUCACGUGUGCCUACGGUGCUGUCGGCGAAACCGUAUCCUGUGAUGCUUUCGCGCGGCUCUACCGGCAGCUGGCCUUUGAGACGGGCUUCACACCACCGGAGGGCUUCCCAGAGUAUUGCGAUGUGGAAGAGCUAUGGCAGGUUUAUCCCAAAGACUACUUCCACAUAGUCUAUGUGAGCAACGCGCUGGAUCACACGGUCCAUCCUGUACGUGGGUUGCGGAUGCUUCUGUGGGUGUUGCGCGAGGAUGGGCAGCUCUUGCUGCGUCACCUCAGGAAUGUGCAUCCAGAAAGAUGGUCUUCGCUUUCAGAUGGCCAACAUCAGUGGGGCUUCGACGUCACACCCGACACGGCAGGAAGCGGGAGCUUUGUAAUUUGGAAUCAUCUACAUCACUGGAAUAUCUCGCAGAUAUUGCGAGAGGAUGGAGCCGUGGUUUCGGCUAGGUUCAAGGAGCCGUUCGUGGAUGUCAAGGUCGACCUGUCCGCAAAGGGCCUUGGUGAAGCCAAAAGCGCUGGCACCUUGCUGAAGUCGGAAGGCAUCAAGGUGGACAUGGCUUUCACCUCAUACCUGAAGCGAGCAAUCAAGACUUGCGACUUGGCGUUGGAGUCUGCCGAUCAGUUGUUCGUUCCGGUUGAGAAGAGCUGGCGGCUCAAUGAACGGAUGUACGGCGGCCUCACAGGCUUGGACAAGAAGGAGACGGUGAAGAAGCACGGCGCCGAGCAGGUGCAAGUUUGGCGGCGCAGCUUCGACGUUCCCCCGCCCCCCAUCGAGGACGACAGCGAGUUCAACCCUGCAAAGGAAAAGAAGUAUGCCGCGCUGAACAAAGCGGACAUCCCCAAGACAGAGUGCCUGAAGGACACGAUUGCACGGGUGAUGCCCUUUUGGGAAUCAGCAAUUGCACCGGAGCUGAAGAAGGGCAAGACGAUCUUCGUUGCUGCGCAUGGAAACUCGAUCCGGGCAAUCCUGAAGUUCUUGGAGGGCAUUUCUGACGACGACAUUACAGGCUUGGAAAUCCCCACGGGCCGCCCGCUCAUGUACAACCUGGAUGCGGACUUAAAGCCAAUUCCAAGCGCAGACGCGAUCGCGCCGCUCAAGUUUGGGAAAUACCUCGGCAACCUGGAUGAGAUCAAAGCAGCUGCAGAAGCCGUGAAGAACCAGACCAAAGUGGCUGCACCAGCAGGUGCAGCAGCUGCCCCGGACUCAAAGACCAUCAUGGCGAUCAAAGCCCGUGAGAUCUUCGAUUCGCGAGGAAACCCCACAGUGGAAGUGGACUUGUGCACUGGCACGGCCUUGUUCCGGGCAGCGGUGCCCAGCGGAGCCUCCACCGGAAUCUACGAAGCAUUGGAGCUUCGAGAUGGUGACAAAGGUCGCUUGUUGGGAAAGGGCGUGCUGAAGGCGGUGGCAAACGUCAACGACAUUCUCGGCCCUAAGCUUCUUGGCAUGGACGUCACCGACCAAAGCAAGAUUGACAAGAUGAUGGUGGAAGAGAUUGAUGGCUCGAAGAAUGAGUGGGGAUGGAGCAAGUCCAAAGUCGGCGCAAAUGCAAUUCUAGCUGUCUCCAUGGCUGUUUGCCGUGCUGGUGCAGCUGCGAGUGCUAUGCCGCUGUAUCAGUACAUUGCCAAGAUUUCUGGCAAGAACACUGAUAAGUUCGUCAUGCCAGUGCCAUCCUUCAACGUCAUCAAUGGUGGCAGCCAUGCUGGAAAUCGCCUCGCAUGCCAGGAGUUCAUGAUUUUGCCAGUGGGCGCAUCCUCGUUCAAGGAAGCCAUGGUGAUUGGUGCCGAAGUGUACCACAACUUGAAAAGUGUCAUCAAGAAAAAAUACGGGCAAGAUGCCUGCAACGUUGGCGACGAAGGUGGCUUUGCGCCGAAUGUACAGGACAACAACGAGGCCCUGGAUGUCUUGAUGGAGGCUAUUGAGAAGUCCGGCCACAGCGCAAAGGUCAAGAUCGGCACAGAUGUGGCCGCCUCUGAAUUCUACAGUGCUGAAGCGAAGACUUACGAUCUGGAUUUCAAGAAUCCAAGCAGCCCAGCCGAAAUGAAGAAGACCGCGCCGCAGCUGGCCGACUACUACAAAGCCUGGCUGGACAAGUACCCGUUUGUCUCCAUUGAGGAUCCGUUCGAUCAAGAUGACUGGGAUGCCUACAAGCACUUCAUGUCAGAGGUCGGGACGCGCGUUCAGAUCGUUGGGGAUGACCUCCUCGUGACAAACCCAACCCGCGUCAAGAAGGCCCUCGAAGUCGGAGCGUGCAAUGCCCUUCUCCUGAAGGUCAACCAGAUUGGAUCAAUCACCGAAGCCAUCGAGGCAGCCACAAUGUCUCAGAAUGCUGGCUGGGGCGUCAUGGUGUCCCAUAGAUCUGGCGAGACAGAGGACUCCUUCAUCGCGGAUCUCGUCGUAGGUCUCCGCACUGGACAGAUCAAGACUGGCGCGCCAUGCCGGUCGGAGCGCCUGUCCAAGUACAAUCAGCUUUUGCGCAUCGAGGAGGAGCUCGGGGGGCUGGCAUCUUAUGCCGGCGUCGACUUCAGAUCGCCCAAGUGA